CAUCCAUAAAUGUAGGGCAGCAAAAUCACUAUCUAGCCCAAAGGCUUGAUGCUUGCCGGUCAUUUUGGCGAUGAAUGAAGAGAAUAUAAACGAUACAACCAAUCAAAAUAUUGGAAAAUUUGAGACGAAUUUCUCUUCUACGACCGUCGGUUACGGUAUUUUUUCUACAACGAAUUUUUCAGCAAAUGGAUCCUAUUAUCAGUCAAACGUCAAAGGUGACGGGGUAUCGUACGCCAAGAAAGAUUUUCCGUCAGAUGCAUUUCCGUCGGAUUGGGCAGUGAAACUAGGAUUUACUCUUGGUGUUGUAAUAUCUGUGCUCGGAAUUAUUGGAAAUUCUAUGACUAUUGGUGCUUACAGAAGAAAUAGAAAACUCCGUACAUCUUUCAACUUUUUGAUUACAAAUCUGUGUGCUCUCGACUUAUUUUUUUCAGCCGUGAUGAUACCAAUGCAUUUGCCGAUGGUGUUGUUGAAAAGGGAAUUGUACGCAUGCGAUAUAAUAGGAUACUUCUACUAUUCUUCAAUGUCGUCGUCCACUAUCAACCUUGUCUGCAUAGCGAUCAAUCGAUACGUCGGUAUUGUUUAUUCUAAAAGAUAUCGUCUCAUGUUCACAAGAGAAAGUGUUAAAUAUUGGUUGAUCGGAAUAUGGCUGUCUGCUCCAUUACUAUAUUUGCCUCUAGUAAUCGUCCCUACGAUAAGAUGGAGUGAUUCCAGCUUGCGCUGCGAACCCCUAUCAGAUCCAGACGUAGAAGAAUCGAUUCUUUACUACCGGGUUGUUCUUAACGUUAUACUUGAAUUUUUGCCAACAAUAGCACUCAUUAUAUUUUAUCGAGCAAUUCUGGAGAAAGUAAAGAAAUGUCGGAAGACAGUGGAACAUUAUCCAAUUACAAAUACACCAUCAAAUGCUCCAUCAGUUUUACCAUGCGCAGUAUGCUCCAACUCACGGUCAGAUUGCAAACACGAUUCAAACUCUCGGUUUCCCGGAUUCUCUUCACUGAGAAGAAAAACCUCAUCUUCCCCGAAAUGCGAAACUGUCAUAGCAGGAGAAAAGGGAGAUGUAACCGAAGGAAAAAAGGCAAUAAUAAUGGCAUAUCUUCAAGUACCAUCUACUUCAAUAUCUCCAAGAAAGAAUCCAUCUACUUUAUACAAAAGAUCUCCCCCUCAAACAAGAAUAAUGGUAAUGGAAGCUGCGGGAGGUUCCGACAUUAAUAAAGUAACGAUAUCCGGCACCACAUCGUCUCCAAAUCUUACUAAACAAAUACAGGAUUCUGUAGAUACACCGUCGCCUUCCAAUGUCAGUAUGAGAGGACGUCGGCUAGGUUGGUGCCAACAACGAUCGUUCAGUACUGGAGAUGAGGAAAUUGAGCCUGAACCUGGAAUGAUCGGUGAUGACAACAGUGAUUUACGGGAAAUGACAUCAUUUGAAUUGAAAUCUCCUGUGUUUUCAAAUGAACCAAAAACGAAAAAUAUAUUAGGUGGGUCCCACGUGGAUAAAGAUACAAAACUUGUCAAUGCUUCAUUCUGUCUGGGGAACGAUUCGUCCACACAAAAUUGUUCAUCUUCUAGCCGCUUUUUGUCACCAACAGUCAUUUGCGACGAUACUAUGGCUGCUAACUCAAUAAAUACUACGGCGCAAAUUGAAAUUACGAAGAUUCUGAGUGAGAGCGAAACUAACAACCCAGUUAGUAAAAGCGCGUUAGAAAUUCCACUCAGUCCAAGAUUGGAAAAACUGAUCACAUUUUCUGACUAUAAAGAAAAAUGUCGUUCUUUACCGGAUAAUAGAUUUCUUUCACCUAAUUUCAAUGAUUUAAAUAUGCGCUCUCAAACAAACUCCCCGUCUAUGCACAAUUCCACUUUUAGCAGCCAAACUAUCAGUAAAACAUCGCCGCCUAGUCCCGAUUGCAAAGAAGGUGGAUCAAGCACCUCUGUAGAUUCAGUACGACGAAAAACAAGAAUGUUAAAGCGCCAAAGCGUGGUUGAAGAUGACUCACAACUUCAAGUAAAUUUGUACGAGAAAAACGAAAUCAAGAGUGAAAAUUCCGUUCAAUUGAAUGUCAACUCGACAUCAUUGGAAAUCGCAUCUAAAACUCCAGAAACAAAAUUAAUAACUUCUUCAAAACUUCAGAUCACAUCAAUGACGACGCAUUUAGCUCGUCGUCCUUUUCCAUCGAAGGGAAAAGUUAAGGAGAUGUUGUCGCCUCCUGAAAUAUCCACUGCAUCUGAGCCUAUAGCUUUCUCUGAUGGUGUUGAGUCGCUAGUCGUCCCCACGCCGACAUCUAGCGGUGGUGUUAUUGGAGCAUCCUUAAACGAACCUAUCUCCGGAGAUGUCCGAAGAGCAAAAUACGCCUUUAAACCAGCUAGUUCGUCAUCUGAUAAAGGGUACGCCUCGCAAUUGGAACCUGGUUUUUCUGUGGAUACAGGGGUAAAAGAUCCCGUUAACUUCUCUUCCAAAUUAUUUGAUGCUCGACCUGAAUCACGUGACGAGGGGGUAGGUUUUGGCGUCAGAGAAACUGGAUUGUCAAAGCGUAUUUUGUACAGACGCGGUGCUAGCGACAGCGGUGGUAAACAGUGGUUCAAACACUUCCGCAAAAGUAAGAAUUGGUCAGUGACGAGUUUGAAGCAAUCUAAAUACAGAAUUCGGGGAUCAUCUGGAGCAAGAGGUGACACGAUGAUCAAAAUAGUUAUCGAUCAUGCCACGGAGGAAGUAACAGAAGAACAUUCUGCCAAGCAACAAUCACCUUGGCGUUCACAUAGUCCAGAAACCGUGCAAGAUGAAGGCAUUCUUUCUGCGAAAUCUGAACGUUCCGAAAAAGUAACACCAAACGCUACACCACAAAAACAAAAUUCCCAAAAUGCCGAAAAGGUAAAUAACGAAGAGAAAUCGGAAAACAGGAUUCAAAGGUGUUUCAGAAGUCUUUGGAAAAAGUUGUUACGUCAACACAGCUCGACGGAAAAACCAAAUGAUCAAAAUUAUUCCUUCCGGUGCCCAAUGGAUGAGAGCAACUGUGAUAUGGAACUUAGUAAUACUUUAUCGGACUGGCCACACGGUUGUGAUGAAGGCGUAGGAAGUAGCAAGGCUUCUUCUUUGACGAGCGCAAAAGGCGUAUCAAACGCAUCAAGCAUGUGGAGUGGUAUUGUAAAUUAUCCCACUUCGCCGAAAAUUUCGCACAAACCUAUGGUAAUGUUACCUAUACCAAGCUUCCCAAUUCAAAGCGCCAACAAAGAGCAAAAUGAUGAAGUUGGUUCUUCUGGAGUGGAGAAACGCAUGUGCUCUUCACCACCUUUGUAUAUAGACAGUGAUGAAGGACGUCGAAAGUUUUCAGAGGCAAACCCUAUUCAACGAGUGUCAACGUUUGAUUCCAUAGAAACGAAUAGCCGCCGAGGUAGUCCUGAUACUGACAUAAUUUCUCCUAAGGAGAACGAAGCUCUAUUAGCGAGACGACGAAAAAUGAAUGACUCUUCUCAAUUUUUGAGAGUAAAUAAUAUAUGCACAGAUGGCGAAUGCAACAUAUCUCUCUGUGAUUUGAAUAGUAUUGACUUAGGCAGAAGAUGGUCUGGUCAGAGUGAUGCUAUUUCAAUCUACAGCGGUAGAUCUCUAAAGGCACAAAAUCAAAAAAACAGCAGUAAAGUUAUACCAGCCCUAAAAUCUUCUACAUCAAUAGUGAGUGCCUGUAGUCAAACACGUUCAAGAAAGCAUUCCAAAAGUAGUAGCGGAUCACUGCACAGACGACGCAACAGCAGACGACCGACAAUUUAUGAACGAUUUUCGGGUAAGAAAGCGUCCAUUGUUUCUUCAUCGGCGGCUAGUAGCAGUAGCCGUUAUCGUCGCCGAGAGGCGGAAAGAAAACUUGCCUACAGCGGACUUUUCAUAUGCAUAGCAUUUGCUCUAUGUAUACUACCAUCGUCUAUAGUUGAUAUCAUACGUAAUUUAACUGUGAUUUACAUUCCGGCUAAUUUACAACUAGGCGUGGUUCUUCUAUCAUGGCUUCAUGUCGUGAUUAAUCCUAUAUUAUAUGGCUUUAUGAAUCCACAAUACAGGAAGGAAUAUAGAAAAAUUUAUAAAGAUGCUCGUAGAAGUUUGCGGAAACCAAGAGAUCGGAAAAGUGGUUUAAGUCAUGGAAAAUCUGCCCUUGUGAAAACAAUGAGGCAACAAACAUAUGAGCGGCCUGAUAAAGUUAAAUUACCAAUAAAAAUUGGUCGAAAAAGUACAUGACCUGUUCGAUAUAAUUAAGGCAUUUUAAUACAGCAAUUUUUACAGUCAGUAGCAUACUUUGUCAGCCUGUAUUUAAAAUCACAAACAAUGUCCCAGAUUCUGGUAAAGUAUUAUAUAUAUAUAGCUUAUAAUAUUGAUUGUUCCAAAAACAUUUUUUGAAGCUCUUUUGACUUUUAUUUUUUGUGGAUUAUUACGUGACGUUUUAUUUAAGUUUAUAUAAAAGUACUUACAUUAUGUGAUUGUAUUUGU